CUUGUCGAGGCGGCGAUCGGAGAGACGGCGGAGCGAUGAGUCGCGAUUGAGUGGGGAGGGGGCUCCAGGCGGGGGUAAGGGGAGGGCAUCUGCUUUUCCCUGGCCCCCUCCUCUUUUUUCUCCACCCCCCCCCCUUUAUUUUGCAGGCGAAAGACCCCGUCAUGCACAGCCGCAGAUCCCGCGUGGGGCGGCGGCUCCUCCCGCAGCCCGAAGCGCAGCCCGAAGCGACGGAGGCGACGGCUCCAGAAAGGGGUGUCCCCAUGGAUGGGAGGGACCAAGAGCCGGUAGAUGGCCGCACACGCCAGGCAUCCCCUCCGGGGGAGAAGCCAUUCCCUUUCCCGGCGUGGGAGGAGAGCUCGGGAGACGAGAACGGGUUGGUCAUCCACAGCCAGGUGGAGGAAGAGGAGCACAAAUGCGCCAUGUGUGGCGAGAGCUUCAGCCAGCCGCUGGGCCUGCUGCGCCACCAGAAGCAGCAGCAUGCCGGCGAGCGGGCCUUUGUGUGUCCUGAGUGUGGCCGGGGCUUCAGCCUCAAACAUAACCUUAUCAUACACCAGCGCAUCCACACUGGCGAGAAGCCCUUCGCCUGCAGCGUCUGUGGGAAGCGCUUCAGCCUCAAGCAGAACCUGAUCACCCACCAGCGGGUGCAUGGUGGCCCGGCCCGCCGCCCGUUCGCCUGCCCCGCCUGCGGGAAGCACUUCCGGGAAGAACGGCUGCUCGCUGCUCACCAGAAAAGAGACUGCGAGCCGCAGCAGGAGCGGCAGGACAGCCCGGGAGACCAAACGGGAUGCGUUGCUGAGGAGGGCGAGGAGGAUUUUGUGCGCCGCCGGCUCCGGGUAAAGCAUCAAGAGAAGCCCCCGCAAACCCGCGCUGCCUUUGCCCGCCGGGGUUCUGGGGAACCUUUGAGGGGGAGAAGCGGACUCACUGGCUCGCCGAGGACCCAGCAAGCCAAGGAGGAGAGCCCCAAAGCCCCGAAGACGAGGCUCCGCCGUGGGGACCACCCCUUCCAGUGCCUGACAUGCGGGAAGACCUUUUCGCAGAAAGGCAACCUGGCGGCACAUCAUCGGAGCCACCGCGAACAGGAGAGCCUCAGUUGAGGGCGGGACUGAGAGGGUGCCCUGCAGCGGUUGAGCGAUCGAAGUGGUGAUGGGGCAGCGAGCUUGAAACGGGACCAAGAGCAGGCGGACAAGAGGAAAUUACAGCCCCUCCCCCUCCUGGAUCGCUCAUGGAACAUACUGGAAACAACCUCUUGACGUUCUUCAUCGUCCCUUUCCACGUACUGUAUUGGGACCAUGAACUGACACAAAACUAGAAGACACAGGGUGCUUUCCAUUUUUCUGCAUUUUUGUAUUUACCUUUUUCUUUUUUCUUUCGAUCCAUUUAUCUCCCCACCGGGUCCUGGAUCAAGUUCCACCUCCCCCUCCUUCCACAUGUUGCAUUCCGUUUUUUGUCCCUUUCUGACAGGAAAAACCGUUUCUUCCAAAUCCGCAGAACGCUGACCAGAGCCGAAUCGCACUGAGGGGCGAGUAGAGUCAGAACUGUGCCAAAGAGUCCAGGCCCCAGGAAGGAAAAAAAAUAGGAGGAUCAGGAUAGCCAUUGGAUCAGCCGGCUCUGAGUUUGCAGUGGCAAGCCUCCUUGGAAGCCAGUCCUGGUGGGGUUGAACCCGAGGCGGUGCGGUGCAAACCGAGGAUCGCGCGUCUGCUUUGGAAGCCGUUCCUUUGUCCAUUCCCGGUAGAUUUGAACCCGAGAUCUACAGUGUGACGUGCUCGAGGACCGUUAGAAAUACUUCCGUUAACAACUACGUCCUGGAACUAGCUGGAACGUGCUGGCAACUUUGGGCCUCAAGUAUCUUACCGCAGAACAGAGGAACCCUCCCAACAGAAAGUUACUCGGCGCUCCCUACUCGGCGCAGCAGUACAGUACUGUCACCGGCAUCAAUCCGGCAGAGAGAGGUCCCUUGGAAGAUUGGCGUCCGUGGAAACCGGGGAGGGAAACUCCCAAUUCGGAGGGGUUAUGUUUCCAGUGACCCCCUUCCCUUUCCCUGUGGAGAAGACCCCCCCCUCCCUGCUCUGCUUCCUGUCGCUGUCCAGCUGGGCCUCAGUUCUCGUUGCUGGGGCCUCGGCGUGUCCCUGCUGCUCGGUGGCGUUUUUGUCGUUCCUGUUGACUGUUACCAAGUUCGGCCUGUUUUAGAGGCUUUUUCAAGCACUCCUGAUUGAGCUGGACCUGUUGAACUGCGGCAGAGUCGCUGCCUUGCCUCCAGGGAGUGAGUCUGGGGUACACGCGGCUGCGGUAUGCGAAGGUCUCUGAGCGGAGGGGUGAGAGAAGCAGGUCUCACUGCGCGGGGGUGGGGGGGGGGGGCAGGACAAAGGCUGGCUGGGCUCGCUCUCCUUCGUGCUCUCUCUUUUCCUUUCUU